CGGGACAGUCCUGAGAGGAGGAGCCAGGCCAGGGGGAUCUGGGUGGCCUCGGAGCGGACGAGGGUCCCAGAAUUGGAGACAGCGCAGUUGGAACCUUCAGGUCUCACGCGGCUCUGGGUCCAACCUACUGAGUUCAUUCUUCAUACUUAGCCUGGCCACUGUGGGUGGGUCAGACUGGUGCGGGGCGAGAGCGGGAACUCCCGACCCCUAAACGUUCGGACUGGGCAGAGGGAGGGGCCCCGGAGGUCGACCUGACCCUGCCUGGGGGAAUCCCCAAGGAGGGGCGUUGGAUGUGCGCCUGAACAUGAAAAGUGAACGUGGUUCCCGGCCUGGGUGCGGGAAGCAAUGGGAGAUGAGCGGAAGAGUUCUCGAGAGCGGAACGGAGGAAAGUCUCAUUGGUGUUAGCAGGCCGUCCUGGGAGUGCAGCUGGUGGUGACCCUGCUCACCGCCACCCUCAUGCACAGGCUGGCACCGCACUGCUCCUUCGCACGCUGGCUGCUUUGCAAUGGCAGUCUCUUCCGAUACAAGCACCCCACUGAGGAAGAGCUUCGGGCCCUGGAGGGAAAGCCGAAGCCCAGAGGCAGGAAGGAGAGGUGGGCCAAUGGCUAUAGUGAAGAAAAGCCCUUGUCUGUGCCCCGAGACGCCCCUUUCCAGCUGCAGACCUGCCCCCUCACAGCGGUUGACGCCCUCGUCCUGCGCUUCUUCCUGGAGUACCAGUGGUUCGUGGACUUCGCCGUGUACUCGGGCGGCGUGUACGUCUUCACAGAGGCCUACUACUACGUGCUGGGCCCGGCCAAGGAGACCAACAUCGCCGUGUUCUGGGGCCUGCUCACCGUCGCCUUCUCCGUCAAGAUGUUCCUGGUGGUGACGCGGUUGUACUUCAGUGCAGAGGAGGGGGGCGAACGCUCCGUCUGCCUCACCUUCGCCUUCCUCUUCCUGCUCCUGGCCAUGCUGGUGCAGGUGGUCCAGGAGGAGACUCUCGAGCUGGGCCUGGAGCCAGGCCUGGCCAGUAUGACCCAGAACUUGGAGCCACUUCUGAAGACGCAGGGCUGGGACUGGGCGCUCCCUCUGGCCAAGCUGGCCAUCCGCCUAGGGCUGGCUUUCGUGGGAUCCAUGCUGGGUGCCUUCCUCACCUUUCCAGGCCUGCGGCUGGCCCAGACACACCUGGACGCACUGACCAUGUCGGAAGACCGGCCCAUGCUGCAGUUCCUUCUGCAUAUCAGCUUCCUGUCGCCUCUGAUCAUCCUGUGGCUCUGGACCAAGCCCAUUGCACGGGACUUCCUGCACCAGGCACCCCUGGGGGAGGUGCCCUUCUCCCUGCUGUCGGACUCUGCCUUCGACUCACUGCGCCUCUGGGUGCUGGUGGCCUUGUGCUUGCUAAGGCUGGCCGUGACCAGGCCCCACCUGCAGGCCUACCUGUGCCUGGCCAAGGCCCGCGUGGAGCAGCUGCGGCGGGAGGCCGGCCGCAUAGAGGCCCGUGAGAUCCAGAGGCGGGUGGUGCGAGUCUACUGCUACGUGACAGUGGUGAGUCUGCAGUACCUGACGCCGCUCAUCCUCACUCUCAACUGCACGCUGCUGCUCAAGACGCUGGGCGGCUACUCCUGGGGCCUGGGCCCGGUCCCCAUGCUGUCCCCCGCCCCGUCCUCAGCCCACGGUCGCCUGGUGGGCCCCGGGGAGGAUGAGGCCCAGCAGACUGCGGCCCGGAUCGCUGGGGCGCUGGGCAGCCUGCUCACGCCCCUCUUCCUCCGCGCCGUCCUCACCUUCGUCAUCUGGUGGACCGCAGCCUGCCAGCUGCUCUCCAGCCUCUUCGGCCUCUACUUCCACCGGCACCUGGCGGGCUCCUAGCCGCUUGCAGACGCCCCUGGGGCCCCAAGUUCCGGGCCUGAGCCAGCGGCUUAAGGGUCACCUCCUCCAUGUGUGCCUGGGCGUCCUCACGUGCAAGGUGGGCCUGGGAGUCCCCGCAGCACCUGCUGUGCCCGCCCACCUCACCGCAGUGCCUGAGCCCUGGCCCCUCGGAUCCCACGCUUCUGCCUCAAAACUGUUGCCCUGGGCCCAGGGGCAGAGGAUCCCACGGCCACUAUUCUCCGGUUGCAUGCCUCGUCCCCCCAUUUGAGGCAGGUGGGGGAGGGGUCAUUAUUCUGAACAAAUAAAACAACAGGCUGAUUUUUACUAUC